AUGGAAUAUGCCCGCCGUCAUCAGAGCAUGCAUUAUCUGUCACAAGAGAAAGGUAUGGAGGAUGCCCAAUCAUUCCGUGCACCUGUUAACCGCAGCAGCCCGUUCACCCGCAAACGGAAGAGAAUCACCAACAGCCUGUCCCCCUCCCGGGAGGACCCGCGCACCGCAUACAGGCCCGCCGCUGCCCUCUCCGCUGAGAAGAGCUACAGCGGCCGCAGCGAGUAUCUCAGCGGCAGUGUCCCCUUUGACGAGACCCUGGUCCAGUCCGGCCACGAUGCCCUCGACACCGACAAUCACGAGGACAUGCAGCUGUUCCAGCACCAGCGAGUAUUUGAUCUCCCGCCGAAGCCCGUCCAGCGGCACCUCAUCGACUGCUUCAUGCGGUACUGUGCGCCAUGGACGCCGAUCAUCGACCCACAGUGGUUAACCGCGGAGACUCCCUCGCCGCUGCUGUUGCAGGCCGUCUUGCUCGCGGGGAGUCGAGUGUCGGCGCCGUCCGCGGACGUCUCGAGCAAAGACUUCUACCGCAAGGCGAAGCUGCUCUACUUCUUCGGCAGCGGCAACAAUUCGCUGAUUUCCAUUGUGUCAGCGUGCCUGCUGCACUGGUACAACCCCGUCGGACCGGAGAAGGUCUCGACGGACACGAGCGGCUUCUGGAUCCGCACGGCCGGCGCCAUGGCCUUUCAGAUCGGACUGCACAAGGAGCCGGCCGCGCAUGCAAAGGACCGGGGGCUGCGCAGGAGGCUCUGGUGGGCAUUGGUCGUCCGCGAUAACAUCAUCUCCGCGGGGACCGGCCGCCCGCGGACCAUCAACCUCCGCGACAGCGACGUCCUCCCGCCCCGCGUGGACGACUUUGACAUCCAGAACGACAAGGCCCAGCUCUUCGUGGCGUACACGACCAUCUGUCUCCUGCUCGGCGACACCGUCGAAGGCUGUCUCCGCCAGACCCUGUCCCUGGACCGCCGCAGCCAGCUCGAAAACGCUCUCUACCGCUGGAUCAACCAGGCCCUCCCGUCGCUCCGCGCCGCCGCACCGCCCGACCCGCUCUCCUCGACGCACGAGUUCGAAGUCAACCAGCUGCUCGUCGUCUACCUCGCCAUUCUGAUCAUCCUGCACCGCUCGCCCACCCCCAACAGCGUCCCCUCGGCGGCAUCGCUCGUCGCCGCGUCCGGCAUCGCCGGUCUCUUCGAGACUUUCCACCAGAAGGACCAACUGCAGUAUCUCGGUCCGAUCUUCGCCCUGUACGGGCUCAGCGCGGGGCUAUCGCUGCUUUCGGCGUACCGAUACGAGCCGCUGAAGGAAACCGCCGAGUAUGAGCUGUCCACGAUCAAGCUCUGUCUGCAGACGCUGUCGAAGCGCUGGCGCUCGGCGGUGGGCCCGAUCCGGGCGUUGGACCGGCUGACGGAGCAGGUGCGGCGGCAGCCCUUGUUUGAGGGAAAUGUGCCGAGUCUGGGCCCUGGGUUGGUGGAUUUCUUCAAUGGGAUUGACCGACGCCUGUGUCGGCAGUGGGGGGUGAUCCAGGGGGAGAGGAUGGUUGCUCGUCCGGUCUCGACUCUGGAGACGGCAAAGCACGACGUGAUGCCGUUUGACGGGUAUAUGGACAUCUUGGACCAGAACUGGGAGGGGUCUGGGUUUGACUGGAGCGGGUCCUGGUUGUUGGAUAUUUGA